AUGGCUUGUAGAGUAAUAGCAUCUUGCGGAGGUGAGGGGUGUUGUAAUGAAGCUGUGAAAUUCCGUGAUGAUCAUCUUAAAAAUCUUCAAAAUAAAUUUAAUGAAGUUGAUAAAAUUGAAACAAAAAUUGAUGGCCUUAAAAAUGAAAUUGCUGAAAAAAGGAAGGCGUCCGAAGGGACGCCGUCCGGCAGUGGUCCUGAGAUUGAGAAGCUUGAAAGGGAAAUUCAGCAAAAAAAUCAGGAACUUCAACAGAAAAAUGAGGAGCUUAAAAGGCAAAUUGAUAGCCUUAAAAAUGCUUUAGAUGAGCCUGAAAAGGAAAUUGAUGAAUACAUUAAGAAGCUUACUGCCAGCGUAAAACAGUGUGAAGAGGACAUUAAGCAGUAUAAAAAGGAUGAAAAGCAGAAAAAUAAUUUAAAGGAUGAUAAAAAUAUCUCCAUUCCCUACAGUCUUUCUCAUCCUCUUGAAACUGAGCAGGCUAAAUUGAAGUCUCAUGAGGCUUCGUUGGAGUCUCUUCAAAGUCUUGAUAAGCUUAUUGAAUUUCAUGAGGAAGUUAAAUCAUCACAAAAUAAAAAUGGAAAUUGUGCAGAAAUUCUUAAAAACCUUUGCACAGGCCUCGAAAAAUUUCUCGGCCACAGUAACGGUAGUUACACCGGAGAAGGAAUUGUGUACUCGGACCUUGACAGGCUGUGCGACGGGGUGAUGUCUUUCCUUCAUGGUGUUCUUGAGAGUGUGAAGGAUGAUGAUAACGUUAUUAAAUAUGAUGUUAAAGACACUGAAAACAUUAAUAAAGUUAUUAGUGAUUUACAUGAUAAUGUAGGUAAAGGCCGUCAGGCCUUCCCGGCCGCCGUGUCUGAGGUAAGUGAGUGGUUGAAAAAACAUGGUGAGCAGGUGGACGAAAAAAUCAAGAAUGUGACUGCGGAAUUAGGUAAGUUGAUUGAUAAAUUAUCAUCUGAUGCAGGUGGACAAUACUAUCAUCAUAUUGCAAGUCAGCAAGAGCGGCCGCUUAAAGACCAACUGUACGAGUGGACCAAGACGCUGGGAGACAUUACAGGAGACCUUCACAAACUUGAAACUAAUAAUAUUAGUGAAUUAGACACAUCACUUAGAACACAGAUAGCGCACAAAGUAGAGCCGAUACAGAAGUCGGUUGAGGUGCUGAUUCGGUCUGCGGGAAAUCCUGAGUUGCUGACCCAGGUGCAGGCUGUUGAUGACGAAUUAUUAAAACAAGAGGAGUAUAUCCAAUCGGAGAUUGCUGAAGAAGCGAGAAGGGUUGAGGAGCAGUUGACGGAAGAAUUCGAGAAAAUAUGGAAGGGUAUUAGAAACGUGAGUAUAACUAAAGAUGGUCACCUGGAGAGGGUUAAAGAAACGAUUAAGGAUGCAAAAGAGCUUCUUGAGGGUUGGUUAGGGAAUGGUGACGGGACUUACCGAAAUGUAAUUUUAGGGAAGUUCGAAGACAUUAAGCAGGAAAUUACUACCAUUUAUGAACAAUUAUACACUACCAAAGUGACACUUACUGAUUUAGUUACAAAGGCUCAGGAGAGCUUUGCGAACUUGAAACAAGGUGUUCAGGACACUAACAGUGAGAGCAUAGACAAAAAUUGGAAGGAGCUUGAAAAGAGGGUCAAGAGACUUGUUAAGGACAUUAAAGGUGAAGGAUCAAUAUGGACUAGCUCCGGCGUAAAUAAGAUUGUUUCAGGAAUGAAGGAGUAUGCGGAUGUUUUCAAACAGGAGCAGACGUUUAAGGAAAACGUUUUGUAUGUGUGGUUGGACGAUAUCCUGAAUGAUAAUACUGUUGUUAAUGGUAGGCUUCAGAGGUAUAUUAAGGGUAAGAGUACUGAGCUGACUGGCAACUUUGAAAUUGAUCCGUCAUUGCGUAAUGCAAUUAAGAAGUGCAUUACUGGAGCACUAGAAACAGCCAAAAUCAUUAAUCCAGGCUGUGAAGCUGCCACGAAACAUAUCGAGAAAAACGGCACUGUUCAAGGAUAUAUCGACGCUGUAAGAAACGGUCUGGAAUCAUUUGCCAAGGAGCUUGGAGAGAAGAUGAAAGAAAAAAAGCAUAUUGAUGCUGAAAAGGUAGCCACGGCGAUUGAGAAAGAAGAUGGAAUAGACAGAUUAGACAAGGAUAAGGCUCAUAAACACUAUCUCGAGUUCGCGAUUCGAGCCACCCUCCCCGCUCUCCACUUCGCCGCUAAGCAAACAUGGAAAACUCUCGGAUCGUUCUCUAGAGCGUCAAUGAUUGGCCUUUACCUGGAGCCGGCUAUAAAGAAGGUGGAGAACAUAAAAGAGCAAUUUGAAGACAACCAAAAGAGUCCAGGUGAGAAAAUUGAGACAGCAUUGGCGGAAGCGAAGAGGAGAAUUUAUGAGCUUGGUGGGCUUUUGAAAAAUGAGAGCGUUGAGGGCUCGAUGGUUUAUAAUUUGGAUGAUAUUCAGAACGUUAUUCAGAAACUGGAUGAUGUUAGAAAAGAUUCAGAAGGAGGCAAGGUUCAUGAGAGGAGAAAGGAAGCGGAUGGUCUGAUUGAGGAGUUGAGAAAGCGACUCUACAAGCAAAUGGAAAAUAUCACCGAUAUAGUGGACGACGCUAAGAGAGCAUUGACAAAGUCCAUCAGCGACUUAGUAGAUGCAUACAAUAAAACCCGAAAAGAGCUGAAAGAAGCCAUAGAAGAUCUCAAAAAUAAUGUCGCCCAUAUUACCGAAGAUGCUUUCAAAACCCUCACCUCCGAGGUGAGAAAACUCUUCACAACCGAACGCAUCGCAGACCUAAAUGCCCUCAAAACUCUCGUCGAGCAACAAAAAUCUUAUAUAGAAAAAAUAAUAGAAACCGACAAAAAAACAGGCCUUAAAGGCCUUAUGCCUAAAAUUUACGGCGGAGCGUUUCCCAAGAUUGGAACUCUCACUACGAAUAACAAGCUACAAGAUUUGCAGGAAACAGCUAAUCGGACGGUUUCUGAAAGUUCACAAUAUCACAAGAAAUUCACGGAUUUUUCCGGUACUCUGCAAUGGUAUCUCGAUGAAAUCCUUCUCUACACCUCCUCCCAGUCCCACUCCCCCCAAGUCGACCGCCUCAAACAGCAACUGGACACUUUACUCACUAACCUAAAAAACUCUCACAAAGAUAAAUUGUAUCACUUCGACCACACGUUUACUUCUGACCUAGCCGCACUUAACGAUGCGCUUUCACUGCUAACCCCCAAGCAGUUCAACGGCCACCAGCACCCUGAGCUGCUCGACGCGCUCACCGCUGGAGCGAAGCGACUGGCGGACGAACUGGGCAAACAGUACGUGAACAGGUACAGCGGACUCAAGUGGAGUGGCCUCAGUGAGGGUGAUGAAGCAAGGUGUGCUAAGGUUUUACUGACAGCCUUGAGAACUAUAAGCCGCGAUGUGAAUGAGAUUUAUACAAACUGCGAAGAUCCUUCCAAAUAUUCUUGGAAGAACAAAACGCUCUGUGAGACAAAUGGCGACAAGGAAAAUCCCCUCGGCCAAUUCCUACAGCGUUGCGGAUUUCUGGUCGCCAAAAAAGAAGACUCCAAGGAAGGUGACUCCCAAUGUAAGACGAGCAUGACGGGUGAGAAGAUUCUCCGAGAGCUUCUUAAGGCAGUAAUCCCAGACGCCGCCAUGAAUAAACACCUUCAAACUUGUAAGCCAAAUAGAACCAACGAAAACUUCAACGUCAUGAACCUCCUAACGUGUCUUUACCGUCACCUUACAGAAUACAAUAAAGUAUGUCACUUGACUAUUCACCCUGCGCCUAAAUCACCGUGUAGUAUUUUUGAUAUGCUUAUAUGGCUUAGUGGCGUCAGAUUUAACCGUGCAUAUGGCAGACUGCUUGAUGCUAUUAAGACGAAAUUUGAUAAGCCCAAUGGGCUUAAUGAUGAACCGUAUGACAAAAUCCCCGUAACCCAAUUGUCGAUUGAUGCGUAUCCAUCUGCCUUUUCAUACAUGAAUUUAGUUACUCUUCUAAAAGAUGUCACAUACAUAUCCCAUGACCUGCUCAACACCAUUGUUGGUUAUGGUGAUGCCCAAACCACGUAUGCCAGUGACUAUUGUAGUAACGUUCUGCAAAUGAAAUAUCCUGAGAAUGGCGACGAUUGUCUCGACAUGCUUCUCGACAUCCUCCGCAGAGUGUUCCCUGUGCUACAAUUUUACAUACCCAAUGCACGAUCGGCGCUAGGUACAAUGGCUGGGAACAAUGCCAGUACGGCAAAGGUGUACCGUCACCCAAUUGGCAAUGCGAAAAGCAUAUAA